AUGGCCUCCAACAAGAGCCUUCAUUCUUCUACUAAAGGUUUGAAAAUUGCAUUAAUUGGUACAACUGGGACAGGCAAAAGCACUACGGGAAACACCUUGAUUGGUGGAGAAAUGAAUAAAUUGAAAACAUCCGCAAGUCGUUGCUCAUCUACCAAAACCUUCAGUGUCACAGAAAUAGAGAGAUUCGGUACUAAACUUACUGUAGUGGACACUCCAGGGAUUUUAAACACCACAAUGUCGCAAAGCGAGUUACGAAGUCAGUUCAAGGAGCGUACUCAACUGACCAUCUCCGAAAUUGAUGUUUUUCUUCUUCUCAUGAAAAUUGGCGAAAGAAACAUAGACAAUGAAGAUGAGAAACCAUUUCGUUUCAUGAAAGAUCUGUUUGGCGAAGAAUGUUUUACCCAUACCAUCGUGGUUUUCACUGGAAAAGAAAUACUGGAAAUUGAUGGAUACAAUAUAGACAAGUAUGUGUCCGAGCUACCAGAUGGAUGUAAAACAUCAGUAAAUUCAUGUAAAGGUGGAAUUCUUGCUAUUUCAAAUACAAGUGGAAACAUUGCCAGGGAACAAGCAGCUAAGGAUAUUAUCACGGCGGUCAACAACCUUGUACAGAAUAAUGGCAGAUUAAAUCUGCAUAAAUCUUCCUCGAAGACUAGUAAAAUGCAAAAUGUAAAAUGCUGUAUUGCGGCUUUGAGUUCCUUUGUUGCUGUUCUAACAACUGGAAAAUCAUGGUUGAGGCAGUUGCUACAUGCCUGUACACAGGUCAUUUCCACGCAAAAUACAUUUUGCAGUGGUACUUUACUUCCUAACGAAAUUAUGGGUAUAGGUUUUGAAGCUGCUGUGUAG